CAACAUUCGUCAGCGACGGUUGGGAGACAAGGGCCGCUGGUCAUUCAUUCCGUCUGUAAAUUACCUUGAAUUCACUCGACAAAAUGCGUGAAAUUGUACAUAUGCAAGCCGGCCAGUGUGGCAACCAGAUCGGUUCCAAGUUCUGGGAGGUGAUAUCUGAUGAGCAUGGCGUGGACCCUACCGGUACAUACCACGGUGACUCCGACUUGCAGUUGGAGAGAAUCAACGUUUACUACAAUGAAGCUACCGGCGGCAAAUAUGUGCCCCGAGCCGUACUGGUCGACCUGGAGCCAGGCACCAUGGACUCUGUCCGCUCUAGUCCAUUUGGUCAGAUCUUCAGACCCGACAACUUUGUCUUCGGACAGAGUGGAGCUGGAAACAACUGGGCCAAGGGUCACUACACCGAGGGGGCUGAGCUGGUGGACUCCGUACUGGAUGUUGUGCGGAAGGAAGCAGAGAGCUGUGAUUGCCUUCAGGGAUUCCAACUGACGCAUUCCCUUGGUGGUGGCACUGGCUCAGGCAUGGGAACACUUCUCAUCAGCAAGAUCCGUGAGGAGUACCCAGACCGAAUGAUGACCACUUUCAGCGUUGUCCCAUCUCCCAAAGUCUCAGACACUGUCGUUGAGCCAUACAACGCCACCCUCUCUGUUCAUCAGCUUGUAGAAAACACAGAUCAAACCUUCUGCAUCGACAAUGAAGCUCUUUAUGACAUCUGUUUCCGCACCCUGAAGUUGACCACCCCAACCUACGGUGAUCUCAACCACCUUGUGUCUGCUACCAUGAGUGGCGUUACCACCUGCCUGAGGUUCCCUGGUCAACUCAAUGCCGAUCUUCGCAAGCUGUCUGUUAACAUGGUGCCUUUCCCC